AUGAUUUUAAAGGUGGACUACACCAAGAGCCCAAGUGCAACCCUCCCCUCCAACAUUCCCUCGUGCAGGUUCCUGUCUUCCAGUAAAAAGGGCCCCAGUAGCCACUCCAGCCUCUUGGAUGGGGAGAUGGCCCGAAACUUACGGGAGAGCAUCAAGCACCGCAUCCUCUACCUCUCAGAGCAGCUGAAAGUGGAGAAGGCCAGUCGGGACAAGAACACUGUGGGCUACCUCAAGCUGGUGUCCAAAGCCGACCGGCACCAGGCCCUUCACAUCCGGCAGGCCUUCGAGAAGGUGAACCAGCGUGCCUCUGCUGCCAUUGCCCAGAUUGAGCGAAAGCUCCGUCAGUGUCACCAGCAGCUGCAGGAGUUGGAGGAGGGCUGCCGGCCCAAGCGCUUAGUGCUGAAGGAGGAAAGCAGCCUGGACAACUGCCAGCAGUCCAGUGAGAAGGCUCUAGUUUUGGAGUCCCCCAAGCUGGGUGGGAAAGAUUGCUUGUCCACCAACCAGUCUGAGAGACACUUCCCACUGGAGAGUCACUCCCCACCGGCCUUAGAGCAGUGUACAUCCUCAGAGACAAAGGGAAACUUACUAUUGCAGAAGGCGAAGGAAGAGCUCAAAGAAGUAGAAGAGUUUCACUUCAACCUUCGGGUGUCCUAUCAGAGCCUAAAGGAGAGGUAUCUGACAGACCUGCAGGUGUCACUGGAGUCCCUUCAGGAGGAGAAAUGCAGACAAGCACUGAUGGAAGAACUGGUGAAUGACCACCUGCAGCGGCACCUGAAUGAAAUUUACCAUCUCAAACAGAAUCUGGCCUACACUGAAGAGAAAAUGGCUUAUCUUUCCUAUGAGAGAGCCAAGGAAAUAUGGGAAGUCAUGGAGACUUUUCAGAGCCGUAUAUCCAAGCUUGAAACUUUACAGCAAGUGACUCAACUGGACGUGACAGAGAACCUCAGGAGCUGUUCCCAGAAGUUUAUGUUCCAAUUUCUGAACCUGCUCCUCACACUGGCCACCAUCUUCUUGGUCUUCAUCUUUACGUCGUGUGCCUGCCCCUUGCCAUUGUUGAAUUCACACCUGCGCACAUGCAUCAUGCUCAUGCUGAUCGGGGUUGGGGUCCUGGCCUGGAAGAAGUGGCAUGCUAUCCCUUCCAUGGACUGGCAGGGCUGGAUCCCCUCCAGAUGGAGACUAUAUUCCAAGGACUCCAAGCCUAUAUCAGAUGGGUCUUAAAGGGCCUGGGUUUGCUAGCUCCUCCCCCUUCCAAGUGUCAGGGCAUCCAACCAGGGCUCCCCAGACAGCCACUUCUCAGUUCUCCCUUUCAGAUUUUACUAGCACCGGCCCCAUGAGAAGUGUAUGAGUGCUCACCCAGCUCACAGUUCCCUUCCUCACAAUCCUUCCAUACCAUCUGCAGACAUGAGGUUUGGAAAAGAUUAAAGUCUCUGAAGUACAGUGCUGUUAUGCCCUCU